GCAAAAGAGGCUGUUGGAUAGAUGUGAAUGUCAAAAAGCGGAAAGGUGCGCGGAUGUGCCCAUCUGGUAGCACUUUCACGGUGCUUACCGGGCCGUAUGUGCCCAACAAGGAGCCCGAGGAUCUGCAGAACUAAUCCAAGAGCCGGGGAACCGGGGAGCACAGGAGGUGGGCCUGUGACCCGUCAUUAACCCCGUGAUGAGCGGAACCACGCAGGGGCGGGGACGCAUCGAGUGACCAGCGUGAAAGGAAAGAUAGUGGCUUAUUACAACUUCAUACGGCGAGAUGGCUUCUAAAUGAAUGCUUCACUCUAUUGGUGACACAGGACAGGAUACGUCGCCCUCACGGCUCAUGAGUUGGCAUCGCUGGUCUCAGGAAACUCAUGCACCCUUUGCUUUCUUCCAAUUCUCCAUCUGCGCAUCAGCUGCCGAUUAAACAGUAAUAAAACAUGACUCUGAACGAGUCUGAUCACGUGUGUUUGCUUGACGUUGUCCAAAAAUUACGCAUCAGCAAUUCGCCCGGAGCCAAUGGUCAGAAGUGAUCACCUGGUUGAAAAUCCCACCGAGUCCACUGGUGAGUGAGCGCCGUCCGCCUCGGGAGAGGCUGCUGAGCUGCGGAGGACAGAGGAGGCGGCGAGGGGAGGCACGACUCGCGGAUCGCGUCAUUCUGGGCUUAGGCGCUGAGCAGGAAACAGCCUUUCCUCUCGGAUUGUCGCAGUAGGAACAAACACUCAAUUUUGUCGUUGCUCAAUGCACCCCUCGGCACAGAACACGCGGAAGCCGGUCAGAAGGAAAAAUGCCUCCUUCGAUAGAGAUUGCUGUUCUGCUCCUCGGCGUCCUGGCUCUGGAGACGCGCUGGAGCGCCCGCGCGCUGCUCAUCCAACAGUCGUUCGCGUCUCCAAAUCAGACCAAUAACUUCGUGGUCGAUUCGGUGUCCGGAAAAGUCUACCUGGCCACCGUCAACGCCAUCUACCAGCUGAACGGAUCCCUGAGCGUGGAGGUGGAGAAGCGGACCGGACCGGUGGAGGACAACCUGUUGUGCCACGCGCCACAGCUGCCACAGGCUCCGUGCGAGCACCCCAAAGCCCUCACCGACAACUACAACAAGCUGCUGAAGCUGGACCGACAGCAGGGGGUCGUGGUGGCGUGCGGCUCCGUGUACCAGGGCUUCUGCGAGCUCAGGAAGAUGGACAAUAUCUCCGAAAUCGCGGUGGAGUUCCCUCCUCAGGGCGAGAAGACGGUCUUCCCCAGCAUGCUCAACAUCGCGGCGAACCACCCGAACGCGUCCACCGUGGGGCUCGUGUUCAGGAGCCACGGGGGAAACACCCGGCUGCUCGUCGCGGCCACGUACACGGGCGCCGGGACCCAGUUCUUCCCCAAGAACCACAGCAAAGAGGACCUGCGCUUUGAAAACACCCCGGAGAUCGCGAUCCGCUCGUUGAACAUCAACGAUCUGUCCCGACUCUUCACCUACGACAUUAACCCUUCGGAGGACAACGUGUUCAAGAUCAAGCAAGAGGUUAAAACCAAAAACAAGCUGAACUUCGUGCACGCUUUCAUCCAAAAGACUUAUUCGUAUAUUGCCUUUAAUAACGAUGCGAAAAUGGGCCACAAGGAGAGUCAGCCCAACAGCAUCCUCGCCAGGAUCUGUCUGGACACGGAGAACCCGCGGAGGAGCCCGCCCGGGCCGGACAGCAGGAAGCUGACCGAGUCCUUCAUCCAGAUGCCGCUGCAGUGUGGAUUCAACGGGAACAUCUACAACCGCCUGGUGUCCGUGUACCCGGCCGAGAUCCACGCAGGCGACGGGGGGAGCUCAGGGCACUACCUGUUCGGAGUGUUCGCCAAAGCGGACAGAAGCUCUGCGCUGUGCGCCUUCAAGUUUGGAGACAUCGAGGAGGAGAUCCGACAAGGCCGCAGGAACUGCUCCAACUCCCCCAGCAGCGACGUGCAGGUGCUGGACAGCGUGAUCCAGGGCUCCGGGGCCGCCUGCAUCCACAAAGGGAACCUGGUGCUGCAGCCCGAGCAGCUGGACUGCGGUGCGGCCCACCUGCAGCACCCCCUGGCGCUGCGCCGGCCCCUGAGGGCCACGCCCGUCUGCGAGUACCCGGGUCUGAGCUCCGUGUCUGUGGACAACGUGCACAACCACACCGUGGUCUUUCUGGGAACCAGUAAUGGACGACUCCGUAAGCUGACCCUGCUGACAAACAUGACCUUGGCCGGUCAGCAGACCCUGAAGCUGCCAGCGAGCGAGCCCGUCCACCACAUCAUGACCUUUGACCCCAGCGACAGGAACUUCCUCUACCUCAUGACCUCCCAUCAUAUGCUGAGGGUGAAAGUGGCCGAGUGCGACCAGUGGAGGAGCUGCAGCGAGUGUCUGGGAGCGGGCGACGCCCACUGUGGCUGGUGCACGCUGGAGAACAGAUGCAGCGUCCAGGACGAGUGCGCUGAGGGGCUGCGGGCUCGCUCCUGGAUCAGCCUGGGUGAAGGCCCCCUGCAGUGCCCGUCUAUGACCCUCACCCCCCCGGAGAUCAGCAUCUCUGCAGACAUCAAGGACGUGGGCAUCCUGAUAAACGGCAGCGUUCCCGACCUGGUGGGCUCCCGGGUGGAGUGUGAGUACGGGCCGGGCGUCUCCACCGCCGCCACCGUCCACCUGGACUACGGCUCGGCUCAGAUCCAGACCUGCCCCCUGCUCCCCCGUCACAGCUACCGGCCCAUCCUGCCCGGCGCAGAUCAUCUGAGUGUUUCACUGGCAAUAAAAGUGAACGGCACGUCUGUGGUUUCUGGGAGCUUCGUCAUCUACGACUGCGAGAGGACGGGAGCGAUUCACCCCAAGACGGCCACCAGCGAGCGGGAGCUGCCCGUCACGGUGCAAGUGGGAAACUUUCAUCACACCAUCGCCAAGGUGCAGCUGGGCGGCAGCGAGCUGGCCAUCGUGGUGUCCAUUGUGGUGUGCUGUGUGCUGCUGCUGCUGUGCACCGUGGCUCUGGUUGUGUACUGCACAAAGAGUCGAAGGGCGGAACGCUACUGGCAGAAAACCCUUCUCCAAAUGGAGGAAAUGGAGUCUCAGAUCAGAGAGGAGAUCCGCAAAGGCUUUGCAGAGCUGCAGACAGACAUGACGGACCUGACCAAGGAGCUGAACCGCAGCCAGGGCAUCCCCUUCCUGGAGUACAAGCAGUUCGUGACGCGCACCUUCUUCCCCAAGAUGUGCUCCGAUUACGAGAAGAGCCUGGUGCAGCCCGUCUAUGAGAACCACGCCCUGGGCCCGCGGGCUCUGCCGGAGACCCACCCGCUGCUGCAGGACUGGCAGGCCACCGACAGCACGCGGCCCAACGUGGAGGAGGGCAUCACCUUGUUCUCCACUCUGCUCAGCAACAAGCACUUCCUCAUCACCUUCGUUCACGCCCUGGAGCAGCAGAAGGACUUCGCUGUGCGAGACAGAUGCAGCCUGGCAUCUCUGCUCACCAUCGCCCUCCAUGGCAAACUGGAGUACUACACCAGCAUCAUGAAAGAUCUGCUGGUGGAUCUAAUUGACGCCUCGGCGUCCAAGAACCCGAAGCUGAUGCUGCGCCGCACGGAGUCUGUGGUGGAAAAGAUGCUGACCAACUGGAUGUCCAUCUGCAUGUACAGCUACCUCAAGGAAACGGUGGGCGAGCCCUUCUUCCUGCUGCUGUGUGCCAUCAAGCAGCAGAUCAACAAGGGCUCCAUAGACGCCAUCACGGGGAAGGCCCGCUACACCCUCAACGAGGAGUGGCUUCUGCGCGAGAACAUCGAGGCCAAGCCUCAGAACAUCAACGUGUCCUUCCAGGGCUGUGGCAUGGACUCGCUCUCUGUCAGGGUCAUGAACACAGACACCAUCUGCCAGGUGAAAGAAAAAAUCAUAGAGGCCUUUUAUAAAAACCUGCCGUUCUCGCAGUGGCCGCGGGCCGAGGACGUGGACCUGGAGUGGUUUGACUCCGGUAGCAACAGCAAACUGCUGCAGGACCUGGACAAUUCAUCAGUGAUGGAAGACGGCCGCAAGAAACUCAACACGGUCUUUCAUUACCUGGUCCCUGAGGGGGCGUCGCUGGCCAUGAGCAUGAAAGACAGGAAGGAGAACAGCCUGGGGAGAGUCAAAGAUCUGGACACGGAGAAAUACGUGCACUUGGUUUUACCUCAUGAUGAGCUAAUGGAGACAAAUAGAACGCACAGACAGAGCCACCGGAAAAAGGUUCUGCCAGAAAUCUACCUGACCCGCUUGUUGUCUACUAAGGGAACUCUUCAGAAGUUCUUGGAUGACCUCUUUCAAGCCAUCCUCAGCAUCCCUCCAGACUGCCCCCCACUGGCUGUCAAAUACUUCUUCGACUUCCUGGAGGAGCAGGCUGACAAACGGGGCAUCACGGACCCGGACACGCUGCACAUCUGGAAAACCAACAGUUUACCUCUGCGAUUCUGGGUGAACAUCCUGAAGAACCCUCAGUUUGUGUUUGACAUUGAUAAGACGGAUCACAUGGACGCCUGUCUGUCCGUCAUCGCUCAGGCUUUCAUAGAUGCCUGCUCCAUUUCUGACCUGCAGCUCGGCAAGGACUCUCCUACCAACAAGCUGCUGUAUGCAAAGGAGAUCCCGGAGUAUAAGAAGAGAGUGCAGUGCUACUACCGGCAGAUACAGGAAAUGCCUCCUCUGAGUGAGCAGGAGAUGAAUGCUCAUCUGGCUGAGGAGUCAAGAAAAUACCGAAAUGAAUUCAACACCACCCUGGCCUUGACAGAAAUCUACAAAUAUGCCAAAAGAUACAGAAACCAGGUGGUGAACGCUCUGGAGUCCAACCCCACUGCACGGCGCACUCAGCUGCACCAUAAGUUCGAGCAGGUCAUUGCCCUCGUGGAGGACAACAUCUAUGAGUGCUGCAGCGAAGCCUGAAUCUGCCAUUGUCUCCUGCUACUAGUCGCCUCUUUCUCCUGCUGACAGCUGCCUUUCUCCCAUCUACAUGGUUUCUUGGGAAUGUCAGCCACUAAGGAGUUAGCCUUCUUAAGUGUCAUUACUAUUUGCAGACUACGAGCGUAAAAAGUGGCAAAGCAAAGGACCUAAACCUGCCUCUGAAGCUUUAUCCAUCGUGGUGGGUUCCUGCUCUCAGCUGGAAAUGCCAAGACAUUUUUCCCAGAUCUUUCCUGGUGGCGUCAUAUGUGCUGCAGAGGGAAGAUGUAGGACAAUGGCGAUGUCUUUGCAGUUUUUGGGACCUACAGUAAGCCCUGGUGGCAAUCUUACCGCACUGAGCCCUUUGCUAAAGGGAACGAGCCAAUGAUGCACUGUACUGUAUUAUAAUGUCCAUAGCAAUAUUUAUAGAUGUGUAAUGAUGCUUUCAAGAGGCCUGUUCAUCAGGAUGAGUAGAAAGGACCGUGAUGCCCUCCUCUUAUGUCCUAAAGCCUGCAAUGUUCUCAGGUGUGAUUGCUGAAGAUGGGUGACUCGCUCCAUCAGCGGACUGAACAAUGUCCCAGUGUGCUUUGUGGGCUGAUGAUGGGUUGAGGAGGAGUAGAGAGAGAGGACAAUGAACGACCAGAUUUAUCAAAAUCAAAUGCAGUGUAGUUGCUGGGAAGAACUGCAUAACUAUAAAAGUGUGCUUGUAAAUGAAUGAAUACUAUGUUGGAUUGUGACCACUUUAAAAGAGGGAAAUUUACAUUUAUGGAAAAAAAUGUGAGCUCAACAUAAUCUGAAGAGAGACUGUAUUUGUGAUGCCAAAUGACUUGUCCGAGUUUGUGAAAUAAAUUACAGUAUUUAGGAUUUUAAAGCAA